AUGGCCAACGCUUCAAUGUAUAAUGCAAUGGGUCAGGGAUCUGGCGAAGACCCCUCCAAUCCGCAGCACAUGGCCCAGCAGGCUCCCUCUCAGCAAUACCCCGCGGGUUACCCUCCUGGAGCCGCACCUCCACAACCAGGAGCACCGUACACCAACCCAGCUCCAAACCAGUGGGCCGCCUACGGCUCACCACAACAACCGGGUUUGGCGAGUCCCGGCGUUCCAUAUAAUGCGCCGCAACAAGCACCAAUGGGUGUAGCUGGAGAUCCUGGAAUGGCAGGUCUUGCGUCGCAGAUGAGUGGUUUAGGCAUUGCGACAGAUGCGGGGGCCAGAACACACCGGAAGAAGCACCGUCAUGCCCACCAUGACAUCGGAGGUGCUGCAGCGACUCCCGCACAAGGGUUCAACAACGGCAUGGACCAAGGGGGCUUGCAAGCGCCGCAGCAGUCACAAUUCCUUAACACAGGAUUGAAUCAGCACGCUGACCGGCCAGUUUCCCCAGCCGUGGGGUUGGUAUCUGGGCAAUCUGCCCCCGAGAUACCUGGCCGGCCCAGUGGUGCAGGUUCUGUUCCUACCCAAGGGCGAAUUGAUCCCGAGCAUAUCCCCAGCGUUCCUCGAUCGCGCGACCUGCCCGCUCAGUACUAUUUCAACCAUGUCUACCCGACAAUGGAUCAACAUCUUCCCCCGCCAGCGGCAAUCCCGUUCGUGGCCCAUGACCAAGGCAACUCCUCCCCCAAAUAUGCUCGCUUAACGCUCAACAACAUCCCCUCCGCCUCCGAUUUCCUUACCUCUACUGGCUUACCAUUGGGUAUGGUUCUUCAGCCACUCGCGCCUCUCGAUCCCGGCGAACAACCGAUCCCCGUGCUGGACUUUGGGGACGUUGGUCCCCCGCGAUGCCGACGAUGCCGAACAUAUAUCAAUCCGUUUAUGUCCUUCCGAUCUGGCGGCAGCAAGUUUGUCUGUAAUAUGUGCACGUUCCCCAACGACACGCCCCCCGAAUACUUUGCGCCACUGGACCCAUCUGGUGCGCGUGUGGAUCGUAUGCAACGUCCUGAAUUAUUGAUGGGAACUGUGGAGUUUACGGUUCCAAAGGAAUAUUGGAACAAGGAACCUGUGGGGCUACAGACCCUCUUUUUGAUCGAUGUCAGCCGGGAGUCGGUUCAUCGGGGAUUCUUGAAGGGUGUCUGUCAAGGUAUUCAGGAUGCGCUGUACGGCGAUGGAACUGAACCAGAAGUUACUGAAGGUGAUGACUCCUCGCGGAGAUUGCCCGCUGGAGCGAAGGUCGGCAUUGUUACGUAUGACAAGGAGGUGCACUUCUACAACCUGACGGCAGCAUUGGACCAAGCGCAAAUGAUGGUUAUGACCGAUCUGGAUGAGCCAUUUGUGCCGCUGAACGAAGGUCUCUUUGUGGACCCAUAUGAAUCAAAGUCUGUAAUCACUUCUCUUCUUAGCCGGAUACCCAGCAUCUUUUCUUCUAUCAAAAAUCCCGAGUCGGCUUUGCUACCGACAUUGAAUUCAGCGCUCUCUGCACUGCAAGCUACAGGUGGCAAGAUCGUUUGUGCGCUGGCUAGCUUGCCUACUUGCGGUCCCAGCCCAUUGGCAAUGAGAGAGGACCCCAAGGUUCACGGAACCGACGCGGAACGCAAACUGUUCACUACCGAGAACCAAGCUUGGAAAAAGACGGCAAGCAAGCUGGCCGAAGCUGGAGUGGGCUUGGAUGUGUUCAUGGCAGCCCCUGGUGGCGCGUAUCUCGAUGUGGCAACAAUCGGACACGUCUCUAGUCUUACAGGAGGCGAGACAUUCUUCUAUCCUAAUUUCCAUGCCCCACGGGAUCUCCUCAAGCUGCGAAAUGAAAUCUCUCAUGCUGUGACUCGUGAAUCGGGAUACCAAACUUUGAUGAAAGUUCGAUGCUCCAAUGGGCUCCAGGUCUCUGCCUACCACGGAAACUUCGUCCAGCACACUCUGGGCGCUGAUCUGGAAAUUGCCGGUAUCGAUGCCGACAAGGCCAUCAGUGUACUCUUUAGCUACGAUGGAAAACUUGAUCCCAAGUUGGAUGCGCACUUCCAAGCCGCGUUGCUUUAUACUUCUGCAGAUGGCCAACGGCGUGUCCGCUGUAUCAACGUUGUAGCGGCAGUGAACGAAGGAGGCAUGGAGACGAUGAAGUUCGUUGACCAGGAUGCCGUCGUCUCGGUCAUUGCCAAGGAGGCCGCUUCCAAGACGUUGGACAAGACCCUCAAGGAUAUCCGAGCCAACAUCUCUGAAAAGACAGUCGAUAUCUUCAGUGGAUACCGCAAGAUCUUCUCGGGCUCGCACCCACCUGGCCAGCUGGUUUUGCCUGAGAACUUGAAGGAGUUCUCGAUGUACAUGCUCAGCUUGGUCAAGUCCAGAGCAUUCAAGGGUGGGCCCGAGUCAUCCGACCGACGAGUGCAUGACAUGCGCAUGAUCCGGUCAAUGGGCUGCACGGAAAUGUCCUUGUACCUCUAUCCUCGCGUUAUCCCCGUCCAUAACAUGCAGCCAGAAGAUGGAUUCCCGAAUGAGCACGGACAGCUUCAAAUCCCGCCAUCCUUGCGAGCCAGCUUCUCUCGUAUUGAAGAAGGCGGUGUUUACAUCGUGGACAACGGUCAGGGAAUCCUGCUCUGGCUGCACGCGCAGGUCUCACCCAAUCUACUGGAAGACCUCUUCGGACAAGGUCAUGAUACCCUCCAGGGCCUAAACCCCAACAUCUCAUCUCUGCCUGUGCUGGAAACGCACCUGAAUGCACAGGUGCGCAAUCUGCUGCAGUACCUCUCUACAGUGCGCGGAUCUAAGUCCGUAGCGAUCCAACUGGCCCGCCAAGGUCUGGAUGGGGCUGAAUACGAAUUCGCUCGUCUCCUGUUGGAAGACCGGAAUAAUGAGGCACAGAGCUACGUGGACUGGUUGGUGCACAUCCACCGCCAGAUUAAUCUGGAGCUGGCCGGUCACCGCAAGAAGGAAGAUACCGGCGAAAGCGCAUUGGCUAGUCUGUCCGCCAUGCGUGCUCCGUAUUGGUAG